CCCCGCAGUCUCUGUGACUCCGCUUUCCCCGCCUUUACCUCCCUCGCGCUCUCCGGCUCCAGCACUGCAGCAGAGGGAGGACUGCAACGUGCAGCCCACACAGCCCCUUGUCCGCCCCUCCGCUGGCUCUGUCACGCCUUGCGACUCCUCCAGGAGACGCCGCUGCCAGCAGCAGCGCCGAGCGGAGCAGAGCUGAGGAGGCAGGAGAAAGUGAGAAGCUCCGUCCGCACGCGGGAGGCGGCUGCCGCUGCUCGGUGCGGACACCCCCGGGCGUCGGUGUGUCCUCGCGGAUAUCUUGUUGAAGCUGAACAUGUUCUUGCAUCUCCACUAUUGAUGUCUAGCGCAGAUUAAAUAUUCCAGACAGAAUCAAUAGAUCCAUUUGCCUUAGGACCAUCGUACAUUAAUACAAGAUGGAAGACACAUACAAAGACAGGACUUCAUUAGUGAAAGGGGCUAAGGACAUUGCCAAGGAGGUGAAGAGACAAACUGUAAAGAAGGUGAAUAAAACGGUAGACAAAGUUCAGGAUGGGUAUAUGCAGAGAUCCUACAAACAAUUCAAGGAUGAGGAAGAUGAUGAUGACUACUAUACACAAGGAAGAAAUUAUGAUGGAGAAGCCAACGAUGAUGAAGGGUCAAGUGAAGCAACUGAAGGGCAUGAUGAAGAUGAUGAGAUUUAUGAGGGGGAAUAUCAGGGAAUCCCAAACAUAGGGCAAGGCAAGGAUGGCUUAGUGGCCCUACAGCAGCCCGUCCAUGAUGAAUAUAAGGACCGUCAUGAACUGGAAACAGAGAGGAAAGCUGAUGAAGAGGAGCUAGCGCAGCAGUAUGAGCUGAUUAUACAAGAGUGUGGACAUGGCCGUUUUCAGUGGACCCUCUUCUUUGUUCUUGGAAUGGCACUAAUGGCUGAUGGGGUAGAGGUUUUUGUGGUUGGAUUUGUGUUGCCCAGUGCUGAGACAGACAUGUGCAUACCAAAUUCUGGAUCAGGAUGGCUAGGUAGCAUAGUGUACCUUGGGAUGAUGUUGGGGGCAUUCUUCUGGGGAGGCUUGGCAGACAAGGUGGGAAGGAGGCAGUCUCUCCUGAUAUGCAUGUCUGUCAAUGGAUUCUUUGCCUUCCUGUCAUCAUUUGUCCAGGGCUAUGGCCUCUUUCUCCUCUGUCGCUUAUUUUCUGGAUUUGGGAUUGGCGGAGCUGUUCCAACAGUGUUCUCGUAUUUUUCUGAAGUUCUUGCUCGAGAGAAACGUGGUGAACACUUAAGUUGGCUGUGCAUGUUUUGGAUGAUUGGAGGCAUCUAUGCUUCUGCCAUGGCUUGGGCAAUAAUUCCUCACUAUGGGUGGAGUUUUAGUAUGGGGUCUGCCUACCAGUUUCACAGCUGGAGAGUAUUUGUAGUCGUCUGUGCGCUGCCCUGUGUCUCCUCAGUAGUAGCACUCACUUUCAUGCCAGAAAGUCCAAGGUUUCUGCUGGAGGUUGGAAAACACGAUGAAGCUUGGAUGAUUCUCAAGCAAAUUCAUGACACUAACAUGCGAGCUCGUGGGCAGCCUGAAAAAGUCUUCACAGUUAACAGAAUCAAAACUCCCAAACAGAUAGAUGAGCUCAUAGAAAUUCAGAGCGACACAGGAACCUGGUACCGAAGGUGUUUUGUUAGAAUCCACACAGAGCUAUAUGGGAUUUGGUUAACAUUUAUGAGAUGUUUCAACUAUCCAGUCAAGGACAAUACAAUCAAACUUACAGCUGUAUGGUUCACGCUGUCUUUUGGCUACUAUGGGUUGUCCGUCUGGUUCCCUGAUGUCAUUAAACAUCUGCAAUCGGACGAAUAUGCAUCCAAAGUGAAACAGUUUAAUGGAGAGAGAAUUGUAGAUUUCAACUUCAACUUCACAUUGGAAAAUCAGAUUCACAUCAAUGGAUCAUACAUCAAUGACAGGUUUAUUAUGAUGAAGUUUAAAUCAGUAACCUUUGAAGAUUCCCUUUUUAAGAAUUGCUUAUUUGAGGACAUUACUUCUGUGAGCACAUACUUCAGGAACUGUACUUUUGUGGACACCAACUUCUCCAGCACAGAUCUUGAGCAAUAUAAAUUCAUUGACACUGAAUUUAUAAACUGCAUAUUUAAGCACAACAAGACAGGAUGUCAGAUUACCUUUGAUGAUGACUACAGUGCCUAUUGGAUUUACUUUGUUAAUUUCCUGGGAACUUUGGCUGUGUUACCAGGGAAUAUUGUAUCUGCUCUUCUGAUGGACAGAAUUGGACGUUUAACGAUGUUAGGUGGUUCUAUGGUACUCUCUGGAAUUAGCUGUUUUUUCUUGUGGUUUGGUACGAGUGAAUCCAUGAUGAUAGGCAUGCUGUGUUUGUACAAUGGUCUCACCAUCUCAGCAUGGAACUCCCUUGAUGUCAUUACUGUGGAACUGUAUCCUACGGACAGAAGGGCAACAGGCUUCGGCUUUUUGAAUGCACUAUGCAAAGCAGCAGCUGUACUUGGAAACUUAAUAUUUGGUUCCCUUGUUGGCAUCACCAAAGCAAUCCCCAUUCUUCUAGCUUCAACUGUUCUCGUGUGUGGAGGUCUGGUGGGACUUCGACUUCCUGACACAAGAACCCAGGUGUUGAUGUAAAACUGGAAAAAAGCCAUUUAUGAUUUAUUUCCCUCUCCUUUCAAGUGUCAGCUCUCCUAACUGAAUGGUGCAAAGGCUUCAGAUUUUCAGUUCUUAGAAUGGUGAUCAGAUAGCAGAAAUCUAACUCAAAAUGAGAUAUUUUUCUGUGACAGAGGUUUAGAAACUUCCAUAAGAAAGUUUUUAAAGUUUCACCUUCUUUUCAUACUUUUGCUGUUUAAUACUUUUUAUCUUUCAAAUUGCAAAGCUACCUCUUGAAACAUUUUCAAAGACAUAUUCAGGAAGAGAAAACCAUGCGCGUAGCUAGGUGUUUAAAAUGCAAGUGAAUGGUCACUUCUUGGACAUUAAAAAAUAGGUUCUAGAUUUUUGCCAUGACACUAUUGGCUUCCACAGUGAUACAGACAUCACUUAUUUAACAGUAUUGGUGCAGUAAAUGUCAAUCUUACACAGAUCAAUGCAUGCAGCAUUAAACAGGAAACUGCAUAUUCUGCAUCUGUACUGAGAAUAUUAACGUUGUGUGACUAUAUUUAAGCAGUAGGGACUUCCUGCUUUCUUAGAAAAGGGCACAACAGUCUUUGGCAGUGGCAAUGCCUCUUUCAGAGGAAACCAUCUUAUGUAGAUUCAAUCGUGGUUAAAGAUUAACAAUUGCAAUCAUAAUAGUAAAACUAUCUGUGCUGAGGAGAAACAACUCCUGUUACAGAGGCCAGCAAAGCUCAUAAUGAGUGAGGAAAGUAAGAGAAUAGGCAAAGCCGCACUUUCACUGCUUUCUGAUCCUCCAGAGUGUAUUUAAGAUGCCAACACUUGGAUGUCUGGAAAUUUCUGAGCAUUUUAGAAAACAAGGGCUUUGACUGAACUUAUCUCAGUGUAAACCAUGAGUAGUUCUACUCUAGUCAAUUGUUCACUAAUGUAAAACUAGUGUGAGUGAAGGCAGAAUAAAGCCCAAUGCCUAUAUGAAAAGUAAACAGCUUUAAGAAAAGUGCUUUUGCUAUUUAACCUACUAACUUUCACUCCCUUGAUGACAUAACAAUAUUUAGAAAAAUUUUUAUAUUAGAGUGCCUCCUACAUGUUAUCUUCGGCCUCUGUUUAACAUGAUCACAAUCUCUGGAACUAAAUCAUUUACCUACAACUGCUAAACUUAAAAAAAAAAAAAAAA